GAGAUAAUUGGUCAUUUCGACAAAGCCUUCCUCAUGGGCGUGGCUGAUGCUCCGUCUGAAGCAAACCCUAGAAUUCCAGAAAUCUUGUUUUGCAUUUACCAAGGAAUGUUUGCAGCAAUUACGCCAGCCCUCGUUAUUGGCUCGACGGCGGAAAGGGGUCGAUUUCUACCAACAAUUCUCUUCAUGUUUCUGUGGACAACGUUAGUUUAUGACUUCAUCUGCUACUGGGUGUGGGGUCCGAAUGGGUGGUACUUCGUUCUAGGAGGCCUCGACUUCGCCGGCGGCCUUCCCGUUCACCUCGCAUCGGGCGUGAGUGCGGCGGUGUACGCGUGGCUUUUGGAGGAGCGAGAAGAUCAUAUUAAGGACGCCAAGCCACACAACAUCGUCCAAGUCAUCUUGGGAACGUCGCUUAUCUGGUUUGGAUACUUUGGAUUUAACGGCGGCUCAGCGAUGGGGGCAAAUACUCGGGCCGCGAUUGUUGUCUGCAACACAAAUAUUUCCGCUUGUGUGGGUGCAGUCACGUGGGCGCUGAUGGAUUACGCGAGGGAUAAGAAGUUUUCUUCUUUGAGCUUCUGUUUCGGGGCGAUCAGUGGACUUGUGACAGUAACUCCAGCCUCCGGUUUUAUCCUACCCGCUGCUUCACUCGCAUUCGGAUUUCUUGGCGCUGUCGGAUGUCGUGCCGCCGUUCAGUUAAAGAAACUCGUCUCUGUUGACGAUGCCCUCGAUGUUCUUGCAAUUCACGGCGUGGGCGGCGGUCUGGGGACCAUUCUGUGCGGAAUAUUUGCACAAAACGAUAUCACCGGUUUGGACGGGAUGAGUGCUAUUCCAGGCGGGUGGUUGGAUGGGAUUGAAGCCCGCUGGAUUCAAAUCGUUUACCAGUUAGCUGGUUGUGGUGCUGCGACCGUGUGGUCCGUCUUUGUCACUUUUGCGAUUUUGUUCGUGAUGAAUAAAAUUCCGGGGUUGAAACUUCGCGUUAAUUCGCACACGGCCGGCGCAGGGAUUGAUAGUAUGCAGAUGGGUGAAAAGGCGUAUGAAUAUGACCCAGUCCCCACGCAUGCGCCAGAACAUUCUGGCGCGAGGAGGGGCAGCAUUGCGGCAGCGCUGCAUCACAUCAAAAGGAUGACGGUGAACGAUUAAAUUUACAAUGAUGCAAUUGUAAUACGUGAUUUCGUAUUGUAGUAAUUUCUUUUGGAAUUAUUAAUUGAUGUAUAAAGAUGGAAUAAAUAAAUAUUCGAAAAUGACA